CAACCCGACCCGGAAUUGAAACACAAGGUAAACACAGAGGCGGCGUUUCAGGGGAAAGGAGGAAGGAGAAGAAGAGAUAAAAAAAGAUGAACAAGAAGGAGAUCUUCAAGCUAGCCAAGGGCUUCAGGGGAAGAGCGAAGAACUGCAUAAGAAUCGCGAGGGAGAGAGUGGAGAAAGCUCUUCAGUACUCUUACAGAGACAGGCGCAACAAGAAGCGUGAGAUGAGAGGUCUCUGGAUCGAGCGUAUCAACGCCGGCUCUCGUCAGCACGGUGUGAACUACGGUAACUUCAUCCACGGUCUGAUGAAGGAGAACAUCCAGCUGAACCGGAAAGUCCUCUCUGAACUGUCUAUGCAUGAGCCUUACAGCUUCAAAGCACUCGUGGACGUCUCCCGCAACUCAUUCCCUGGAAACAAGAACGUGGUCCAAGCUCCUCGGAAAGUAGAUGUUUCAUCUAUCAAUGCCUAGUUAGGACCAAGUUAGUUUCUGUCUCUUCGUUCUUAUUCUCUUUCAAACAGAACACAAUAAAUACCAUUCAGUUAUUAUUUGUCUGAAUCACAUUCAUGUGUAUGCGUGAUUACUAUUAAACUUCUGCAAUAUUGAAAAUUUGUGUUUCAUCUUUCUUA